AUGGUUGAUGUUGGUAAGACUGGCGAUGCUAGUAUUAAGAGCAAAUAUAACCAGGCCAUCUCCAUUGGUGGAGAGGAGUUCACGGGUUCAGUUGAAUCUGAUGAGUGUCAAACUCCCUUGAAGAAUUUACUACUUGAUGAGUCGCUUCAAGCUGCACCUUAUCAGCAGAAACCUCAACAUAGCACUGUGUUUACUCUUGGGAUCUCCAUACUUCAACCUUUUUCGAUGAUAAUGCUGAAGCGUAAGGCCGAGCCGGCGAUCAAAGAGUCUGAGCCUAUUGAAUUGUAUACAAGAAGAUCUGAUAGAUGUGGAGUGUAUAAAGCUUAUGGUUGUAAUGCAGGUGAUAAGGCAAAGAAGUUGAUUGAUGUGAACAAACAAGCAGAUGAGGACAGAGACUCGAUCGUUGACAUCAACGGAAACAUUCGAAAGCCUAAAGGUAGAACAUGUCUAUUGCAUAUACAUUUCCUUGGUUGCAGUCUUGGUGUGACAAUCAUAGCUUUUUGUUCAUAUAUGAAGAAUACAUACAAAAGUCUAGAAUUGAGGAGGCUUAGGUUUCUGAAUGUCACUGAAGAAAACAUCAUGAUCCUACCUGACUCACAGCUGAAGCGCAAAGCAGAGCCGGCGAUCAAAGCAGCUGAGCCUAGUGAACUGUAUAAUGGAAGAUCUGAUAAGUAUGGAUGGCAUCAAGCUUAUUGGUUACUCUAUGUCACUGAAGAAGACAACAUGACCCUACCUGGCUUACAGAUUCAGUCUCCUAAAAGCAUGUCUUGUUCUUAUGUUAAUUGAUAGAAAACACAUCCUUUACUUUAUCUUUAGCUGAACAGGACGAGAAUAAGAGGACAUAACCGUGCAGCAACAGCAAACAACUGGCCCGUAACUGAAGUAAUCUUACAAGUUACAAACGUAGAUAAGGAAGGAGGAUUUGCAAGUUUUACAUAGUCUUUCACUGAUCACAUUGGGACCAAACCUGUGAGGUAUUCAUUUUUGCUCCUCCCUUGUACAGUAUAUGUAGAUGCCUCCAUAGCGAAAAAAGAGUAUACAAUGUACCAUUUGGCAAAAUAAGGAAUCGAAAAGCCCUCUUCUUGUAUCUUUUUGAGCCAUUUUUUGGCAAAAUAUUGAAUCAGUGAAAGAGAACAAGAGUUUCAACUUGUCUUGUUGAUGCGUCAGAACAGAGUCUAUUUGUUACAAAGUAAUUAAUCUUCAUUUUGG